UUAUCCAAACUGUAAUUAUCAUUAGCAGACUAACGGUCAGAGACGCCCUGACACAGGUGUGACACCGUCCACAGGUAACGGUAUAAUGGCCGCCGUCUCUGACUCAAUGUCAGCAGUCUGAGACUGACAAUUAGUGAAGAUUUGGACACGUCGGGGGUAUAUAAUAAGGGACUGGGGUGUAACCACCACACACAAGAACUUCUAUAAGUCUCUGUUGUACAGCACAAUCAUCAUCAAUACCUGAUUAAUAUUUGAACAUGGAUCUGUGCAGUUCCCAGUUACCUUUGGUGGACAAUGAGGUCCUGAAUCUGUCCGACUUCGGUUAUGAUAAUGAAGGCUGUUCCUCCGGUUAUGACUCGGCGACUGAACACUCGGGCUCCGACAGGGACCUGGAUACAUCCAUCUCCGACAACAGUUCAUCUACUGCUGAACCGGAAGUGACGAAAUACAGAAGCACCCAAGAACUCUGUAACACCCUGCAGUACAUCAUCUCACUUCCGGACCUCUGUGACGUCAUGUUCCUCGUCGGAGAAAAGCGAGUUCCGGUUUACGGAAUAAAGGCAGUGCUGGCCACCAGAAGUCGAGUCUUCUACAACCUCAUUCUUGAAGCUCAGCGACAGUCGCCAUUGUCAAAAAAGUCGAAAAAGAAGAGCAGACAGGGCCCACCCCCCAGCAACCACAUUGUCAUCGAAAUCAACAAGUACAAGCUCGAGGACUUCCGGGAGCUCGUGACCUUUGUGCACUGUGGGAAAGUCAACAUUAACGCUUCUAACGUCACUGGACUUUAUUGUGGAGCCACGGAGUUUAGUCUUUCUGACCUGAAGAUAGCUUGCCGAGACUUUACAACCAAGUCAAUUAGGAAAGGCCACACGUCAACCAUCUUGAAGUCAUCGAAAUUUUACCUCGGUCUCCAUGGUGCUGCAACCAAGUUUGUGGAGAAGAUUCGCGGGUAUCAGAAGUCUGUCAAUGGCUGAAACAAAAACAAACAAAAAAUAGCUCCGCACAAGAGCUUCCGGUAUAGCUCGUAGAUCUCCAGCAGGGAUAACAUAGACAUCCUUCCUCCCUGAAAGAUGGACGUCAUGCAUCACAAAGGUAGCUGUACGCCCGUCCACGAGGGAAAGAAGAUUCAAAGCAGACGAAAGCAGCAGGCCAUGACCAGGAUUGAUCACGAAACAUGGAGAUAUCGCAUGUACAUGAUAAGCUUUUUAUACCAUCUAUGGUGUCAUGGACAGCAAUCUUGAUAUCAAAGACGAUGCUUUGUGAAACCAAGAUAGAUAAUGUAAAAGGAUAUAACACAUGCAUAUGUAUACGCAUUACAUGUAAAAUGAAUACAUUUAAUUUCAUUGUUUGUAUGAAUUA